UCUUCCAGAGGUUUAGCCUUAAAAAAACAUGGUACCUCGAGCGAGUGAACUGGCAGUAGCUGUGUCCGAGGUGACAGGAGCGGGGGCAGGGGAGCGCGGCUCGUGCUGGCUCUGUCACAUUACACCAUUACACCAAGUUCUUCUUAUCUCCUGAGUUGUGCUGCCCUGAGAGGAGACCUGGGAAGUGACUGCCAGCCCUCCCCUGUGUAUGACAGCGGGUGGGAAGCCUGUCCCCAGUCUGAGGUGAAGCCAGUGCAGCGAUGACGGACGACAGAGCCCAUGUGGAGACAGAGCUGGGGGCAGAGGAGUCUCCUACUGAGGUCCCGGCAGAAGAACAGAGCGCAGCAGUGGAGGAGACCUCACCCCUCAACGUGGAGGAGAAGAAAGAGAAUGGAGAGUGGAGUGAGGACAAGAAGCUGGAAGUCAGUGAGAGCGCAGGGCAGAGCGCGGAGCUCGCUCCCCCGGAGGGCGGCUGGGGCUGGGUUGUCAUGCUGUCUGCCAUGUGGUGCAAUGGCUCCGUGUUUGGCAUCCAGAACGCCUGCGGGGUCCUCUUUCUGUCCCUGCUGAAGGAGUUCGGCUCCGCCGAUGAUCCGCAGCUCAUGUUCAAGACAGCAUGGGUGAACUCGCUAUCAAUGGGAAUGAUAUUCUUCUGUUCCCCUGUGGUCAGCGUAUUUACGGACAUGUUUGGAUGUCGAAAGACCGCAGUUAUUGGUGCUGCAGUUGCCAUUAUUGGCCUUUUUUCAAGUUCUUUUGUCAAGAGCUUGGAGCCUCUUUAUUUUACUUAUGGAAUUUUAUUUGCCUGUGGCUGCUCAUUUGCUUACCAGCCAUCCCUGGUGAUCUUGGGACACUACUUUAAAAAGCGCUUGGGUCUAGUAAAUGGUAUUGUCACAGCAGGCAGCAGCCUGUUUACUGUGUCACUGCCCUUUCUGCUCACUUAUUUGCUUGAAAAAAUAGAAUUUUAUAAUACACUGCGUGUAUUAUGUGUCUUGAUAUUUGUGCUCUUUUUGGCUGGAUUUACCUACAAGCCACUGUUGCCUACUAGAAGCAGCAACAGGCGUAAAAAGAUCUUCAAUUUCCACAUCUUCAAAUACAAGACUUAUUGCAUAUGGGCAUUUGGAAUUCCAGCAGCACUUUUUGGCUAUUUUGUGCCUUACGUUCACUUGAUCAAACAUGUUUCGGAGCGUCUGGGAACUGAGGUCAAGGUAGAGGUUUUGUUGCUAUGUAUCGGCGUUACAUCUGGGGUUGGAAGGCUUGUUUUCGGCAGAGUUGCAGAUUACAUUCCAGGUGUCAAGAAAGUCUAUUUACAGGUGAUAUCUUUUUUUUUCAUUGGACUGAUGUCUAUGAUGAUUCCAUUGUGCCACAGUUUUGGUAGCUUGAUUGCUGUGUGUCUCUUCAUGGGCCUGUUUGAUGGCUGCUUCAUAUGUAUUAUGGCUCCAAUCGCAUUUGAACUUGUUGGGCCAGAGUAUGUGUCUCAAGCAAUUGGAUUUUUGCUUGGAUUUAUGUCCAUUCCUAUGACUGUUGGCCCACCUGUUGCAGGUUUUUUGCGUGACAAACUUGGUUCUUACGAUAUAGCAUUUUAUUUGGCGGGUAUCCCCCCAAUCAUUGGUGGAUUUAUCUUGUGCCUUAUCCCUUGGAUACAUGAAAGGACUUUAAAGGAGACGAAAAAAGAGCUGGAUAAAGAGGCUGAAGAGAAAAUUCUGGAUAGUGCUGCCAGUGCAUUAACACCAGGCACAGCAGAAAAUUCUAAAAAGGAAGAUGUCUCCAUCAUAUAAUUUCCCUUCUUUUACAGUGUAUGACAGUGACUUCAUUGUAACUGGUGCUACAAAACCAAAGCUGUAUGAUCACAUUAGGGUGUUUGCUUACAUAUAUGACUAAGCCUGUCAUGUCAGCCUAUGUGUGGGUAUCAUGCCAGGACUAUUGAGCAGCCUUAUGAAUGCCACAGAAAAGUAAUGCAUAUUCAGAAGUAGCUUUACAGCAAUACAGGGCUUGUUUUAUAUAGCAUCCACAAUACCAAUAUUCAGUUUCAGUGACUGAAAAAUGUUCUACUUUGUUUACCAGAUUUCUCUGCACAAAAUUUGUCGGAUUUACAAUCACAUUAGAUUGCUGAAGUAUAGUGUUAGUGUAGUUUGAUGUGUUUGAAUUGCAAUGUAUUUUAUUUUGCAGACUGCUGGCAUUAUGAUUAUUAUAUUAUUUUUUUUUGCAAUCAGUGCUGGGUAUUCACAUACAUUUCUGCUGCAGGGUCUUGUUUGUCCAAGAUUUCAGGAUUACCUAAAACUAUAAGGCC